GCAGUGCUUCAGGCUUCAGCAGCUUUGGAGAAGCAUCAGCUGAGAGGAGCUAUCACAUGGGAGCCGGGACUGCUCAGCAAAGAUGGAUUUAUGAGGAAACUGAACUUCAGAAGAUUCACAGAGUUAGUAAUGCCCAGAACUGGGACUAGAAACUAAAUUUUGUGCUCCUUCUACUCCCCAGCAGCUCCUGCCAUUCUGGGGAGACAAGAAAUCAGGAAAUUUACAUAAGGAACCCUAAAACUGAGGCACCAUCCCAGAAAUCAGCAGGACCCUGGGAAGGAGAGAAAGAGGAUUUAGAAUCACCGGCUAACAGUUCUGGAAAGGGUAAAAGGGUAUGGAGAAUGAGAAUGGCAGAAAGGAGAUGGAAAAGGAAGAGGUGAAGGCCAUUUCGAAGGCGAAGUGUUGAGUGGGUCAGGCUCCUGUACUUCUCACGUCUCCUGCUUCUUAGCAGUCACCAAGGCAGAUCCUGGAGCCACCUCUGGCCGGAAAGGGGAUAUGAGCUUCUGAUCCUUCAGCUGCCUGGCCUGGCGCUCUGUACGCAGACAAACCUGCCCAAGAGGCUCCAGUAGGAGGCGUCCCCUACCAAACCGGGAAGCCUGGGCCUGGGCUCGCCAUCCCAGGGUCGCUGGACUAGGAUGGGGGAUGGGCCUGUGACAGGAGGUACCCUGGGUGUCCUCUUUCGGCCCCAUGGAGUCCUCACCCAUCCCCCAGUCAUCAGGGAACUCUUCGACUUUGGGGAGGGUCCCUCAAACCCCAGGUCCCUCUACUGCCAGUGGGGUCCCGGAGGUGGGGCUGCGGGAUGUCGCUUCGGAAUCUGUGGCCCUCUUCUUCAUGCUCCUGCUGGACUUGACUGCUGUGGCUGGCAAUGCCGCUGUGAUGGCCGUGAUCGCCAAGACGCCCGCCCUCCGAAAAUUUGUCUUUGUCUUCCACCUCUGCCUGGUGGACCUGCUGGCUGCCCUGACCCUCAUGCCCCUGGCCAUGCUCUCCAGCUCCGCCCUCUUUGACCACGCCCUCUUUGGGGAGGUGGCCUGCCGCCUCUACUUGUUCCUGAGUGUGUGCUUUGUCAGCCUGGCCAUCCUCUCAGUGUCGGCCAUCAAUGUGGAGCGCUACUAUUACGUGGUCCACCCCAUGCGCUACGAGGUGCGCAUGACGCUGGGGCUGGUAGCCUCUGUGCUGGUGGGUGUGUGGGUGAAGGCCUUGGCUAUGGCUUCUGUGCCAGUGUUGGGAAGGGUCACCUGGGAGGAAGGAGCUCCCAGUGUCCCCCCAGGCUGUUCACUCCAAUGGAGCCACAGUGCCUACUGCCAGCUUUUUGUGGUAGUCUUUGCUGUCCUUUACUUCCUGCUGCCCCUGCUUCUUAUCCUUGUGGUCUACUGCAGCAUGUUCCGAGUGGCCCGCGUGGCUGCCAUGCAGCAUGGGCCGCUGCCCACGUGGAUGGAGACACCCCGGCAACGCUCUGAAUCUCUCAGCAGCCGCUCCACGAUGGUCACCAGCUCGGGGGCCCCCCAGACCACCCCACACCGGACGUUUGGGGGAGGGAAAGCAGCAGUGGUUCUUCUGGCUGUGGGGGGACAGUUCCUGCUCUGUUGGUUGCCCUACUUCUCUUUCCACCUCUAUGUUGCCCUGAGUGCUCAGCCCAUUUCAACUGGGCAGGUGGAGAGUGUGGUGACCUGGAUCGGCUACUUUUGCUUCACUUCCAACCCUUUCUUCUAUGGAUGUCUCAACCGGCAGAUCCGGGGGGAGCUCAGCAAGCAGUUUGUCUGCUUCUUCAAGCCAGCUCCAGAGGAGGAGCUGAGGCUACCUAGCCGGGAGGGCUCCAUUGAGGAGAAUUUCCUGCAGUUCCUUCAGGGGACUGGCUGUCCUUCUGAGUCCUGGGUUUCCCGACCCUUACCCAGCCCCAAGCAGGAGCCACCUGCUGUUGACUUUCGAAUCCCAGGCCAGAUAGCUGAGGAGACCCCUGAGUUCCUGGAGCAGCAACUCACCAGCGACAUCAUCAUGUCAGACAGCUACCUCCGUCCUGCCCCCUCACCCCGGCUGGAGUCAUGAUGGGCCGCUGGACACUCGGAGGGAUGUGGGGCUGGGGGCCAGUUAUGAUCGCAAGGACCACCUUGUGGGAUCACCUUUUCCCAGCUGGCUAGGGC